CCCCGGCGUCUUACCCCGGCCAGCUGGCCGGCCGUCGCCGCUCCCACCGCAGCCACCUCCGACGCUCCAGCCUUGGGACCGACACACAAAAGCCACCCUCUCCGCGCCGCCCACCGCGGGAGGCUGCGGCCGGCCACCGACCCCACCUGAGGGCGCAGCGGGCUGCGGACUUGGCUUUCUGUCCGAGCUCCGCGUCCCACGCGGCACCGACCCCGCCGCCCAUGGCUCUGAUAAUGGAACCGGUGAGCAAAUGGUCUCCGAGUCAAGUAGUGGACUGGAUGAAAGGUCUUGAUGACUGUUUGCAGCAGUAUAUUAAGAACUUUGAGAGAGAGAAGAUCAGUGGAGACCAGCUGCUACGCAUUACACAUCAGGAGCUAGAAGAUCUGGGAGUCAGCCGUAUUGGCCAUCAGGAGCUGAUCUUGGAGGCAGUUGACCUUUUGUGUGCACUGAAUUAUGGCUUAGAAACAGAAAAUCUAAAAACACUUUCUCACAAGUUGAAUGCAUCUGCCAAAAAUCUACAAAACUUCAUAACAGGAAGGAGAAGGAGCGGCCAUUAUGAUGGGAGGACCAGCCGAAAAUUACCAAAUGACUUUUUGACCUCAGUUGUGGAUCUGAUUGGAGCAGCCAAGAGUCUUCUUGCUUGGUUGGACAGGUCACCAUUUGCUGCUGUGACAGACUAUUCAGUCACAAGAAAUAACGUCAUACAGCUCUGCUUGGAAUUAACAACAAUUGUGCAACAGGAUUGCACUGUAUAUGAAACUGAAAAUAAAAUUCUUCAUGUGUGUAAAACUCUCUCUGGAGUCUGUGACCACAUCAUAUCCCUGUCGUCAGAUCCUCUGGUUUCACAGUCUGCUCACCUGGAAGUGAUUCAGCUGGCAAAUAUCAAACCAAGUGAAGGGCUGGGUAUGUAUAUCAAAUCCACAUAUGAUGGCCUCCAUGUAAUUACCGGAACCACAGAAAAUUCACCUGCAGAUCGCUGUAAGAAAAUCCAUGCUGGGGAUGAAGUGAUCCAAGUGAAUCAUCAGACUGUGGUGGGGUGGCAGUUGAAAAAUUUGGUGAAUGCACUACGAGAGGACCCGAGUGGUGUUAUCUUAACUUUGAAAAAGCGACCUCAGAGCAUGCUUACCUCAGCACCAGCUUUACUGAAAAAUAUGAGAUGGAAGCCCCUUGCUCUGCAGCCUCUUAUACCUAGAAGUCCCACAAGCAGCGUUGCCACGCCCUCCAGCACCAUCAGUACACCCACCAAAAGAGACAGUUCUGCUCUCCAGGAUCUCUACAUUCCCCCUCCUCCUGCAGAACCAUAUAUUCCCAGGGAUGAAAAAGGAAACCUUCCUUGUGAAGACCUCAGAGGACAUAUGGUGGGCAAGCCAGUUCAUAAGGGAUCUGAAUCCCCAAAUUCAUUUCUGGACCAGGAAUAUCGAAAGAGGUUUAACAUUGUUGAAGAAGAUACUGUCUUGUAUUGCUAUGAAUAUGAAAAGGGACGAUCAAGUAGUCAAGGAAGACGGGAAAGCACACCAACCUAUGGCAAGCUACGACCUAUAUCUAUGCCAGUGGAAUAUAAUUGGGUGGGGGACUAUGAAGAUCCAAAUAAGAUGAAGAGAGAUAGUAGAAGAGAAAACUCUCUACUUCGAUACAUGAGCAAUGAAAAAAUUGCUCAAGAAGAAUAUAUGUUUCAGAGAAACAGCAAAAAGGACACAGGGAAGAAGUCAAAAAAGAAGGGUGAUAAGAGUAAUAGCCCAACCCACUACUCAUUGCUGCCUAGUUUGCAAAUGGAUGCAUUGAGACAAGACAUCAUGGGCACACCAGUGCCAGAAACCACACUGUACCAUACAUUUCAGCAGUCCUCUCUGCAGCACAAAUCAAAGAAGAAAAACAAAGGAGCUAUAGCAGGCAAGAGCAAAAGAAGAAUUUCUUGCAAGGAUCUUGGCCGUGGUGACUGUGAAGGAUGGCUUUGGAAAAAGAAAGAUGCAAAGAGCUAUUUUUCACAGAAAUGGAAGAAGUACUGGUUUGUCCUAAAGGAUGCAUCCCUAUACUGGUACAUUAAUGAAGAGGAUGAAAAAGCAGAAGGAUUCAUCAGUCUGCCUGAAUUUAAAAUCGAUAGAGCCAGUGAAUGCCGCAAGAAAUAUGCAUUCAAAGCCUGCCAUCCUAAAAUCAAAAGCUUUUAUUUUGCUGCUGAACAUCUUGAUGACAUGAACAGAUGGCUUAACAGAAUUAACAUGCUGACUGCAGGAUAUGCAGAAAGAGAGAGGAUUAAACAAGAACAAGAUUACUGGAGUGAGAGUGACAAAGAAGAAGCAGAUACUCCAUCAACGCCAAAACAAGACAGCCCUCCACCCCCCUAUGACACAUACCCACGGCCUCCCUCUAUGAGUUGUGCCAGUCCUUAUGUGGAAGCAAAACACAGCCGGCUUUCCUCCACAGAGACCUCUCAGUCUCAGUCUUCACAUGAGGAGUUCCGCCAGGAAGUUACUGGGAGCAGUGCUGUGUCUCCCAUUCGCAAGACAGCCAGUCAGCGCCGCUCCUGGCAGGAUUUAAUCGAGACACCCCUGACAAGUUCAGGCUUACACUAUCUUCAGACUCUGCCUCUGGAAGAUUCUGUCUUCUCGGAUUCGGCAGCCAUCUCCCCCGAGCACAGGCGGCAGUCCACUCUUCCAACUCAGAAGUGCCACCUCCAGGAUCACUAUGGCCCAUAUCCUUUAGCAGAGAGCGAGAGGAUGCAAGUGUUAAAUGGCAAUGGGGGCAAGCCUCGAAGUUUUACUCUGCCUCGAGAUAGCGGGUUCAACCAUUGCUGUCUGAAUACACCAGUUAGUGCCUGUGACCCACAAGAUGACAUACAGCCACCAGAGGUGGAGGAAGAAGAGGAGGAGGAGGAAGAGGAAGCAGCAGGAGAAAACGUUGGAGAGAAAAAUGAAAACAGGGAAGAAAAGUUAGGAGACUCCUUGCAAGAUUUAUACAGGGCACUGGAGGAAGCCAGUCUGUCACCACUAGGAGAACAUCGCAUUUCAACCAAGAUGGAGUACAAACUAUCAUUCAUAAAACGGUGUAAUGAUCCUGUGAUGAAUGAGAAACUGCACAGGCUGAGAAUUCUUAAAAGCACUUUAAAGGCCAGAGAAGGGGAAGUAGCCAUUAUUGAUAAAGUCCUAGACAAUCCAGACUUGACUUCUAAAGAAUUCCAACAAUGGAAGCAGAUGUACCUCGACCUUUUCUUGGAUAUCUGUCAAAGCACCACCUCAAAUGACCCACUAAGUAUUUCUUCUGAAGUAGAUGUUCUCACUUCCUCUCUAACACAUACUCACUCAUACAUUGAGACACAUGUGUAAGUGUGCUCGGCCUCGAGGUCACCUAGUACCUGACGGUACUCUGAAUCAGUGGAUAAGGUAGUUUUUUAUCAGUGUGUUGGAUACUUGACAAGCUCUACUUUAAUGUUACCAAACUAUAUGAAACAAAGCAUACAUGGUCACAUUGCCACUGUCUUUAAAGAGCAUUUGUAUGUUUUAUAUGCAGUCAGUGCUCAGCUUAUGUUACCAUGUGCAGAAUCAACUAUCUUUAAUGACUUAAAUUAACUUUUGCAGACAAAUCUGAAAACAGGUGAUCUUCAAGUAGAAAAACCACAAAAAGGCAGUUUUCUAUCUGAGGUCAUCUCUUCUCCCUUUAAGUUCAUUUUAUAUAUAAUGAGACUUCAACCGUAAAUCACAAUUUUUUCAGGUGCAGACAUCCUUGUGGGUGGGAAAGAAUUUAAACCUUUUUAUAUUUAUUAAAAAUGUUCUAAGAAUUUUCUUAAACAUUGCACAAAGUUUAAUGCUGUAGUUUUAUUUUUAUGAAAUGUAGGUGCGUAUAAAAGAGUUAAGCAAACUAGAAGAGCAUGAACAUAAGAAAAGUUCAGGUCUAAUAUCUGUCUUAACAGUCUAUUAACUUGUGCCAACUGGUUAAUGGAGGCACCAUUCCAACUCUAUGAGAACACUGCGUGGUAUAUCAGGGCAAAGCUUUGUAAGAUGUUUUUGUAACUAAGACCAAAAGUGAAGAGAGCUGCUUUAUUUUCUUGGUUUAAAUCUUCCUUUAUUUUUGUAGUGAUGAAAUGCUGAUUGUGUACAGAAGAAUUUAAGAAUGGAUUUUUUAAAACAGACUUAACUCACCCAGAAAGGCAGCUAACAGCUACACACACACACACACACACACACACACACACACACACUUUCAGCCCAAACUCGUGUUUUUUGAACUCUUAAAAGACAAGAUAUACACUUAAAUGAGUCCAUUUUCCAGACAUUUUCAAUUUUCCCUUGGUCUGUAACUAAACUUCUGUAAUUAUACAUCAGGCAAGGUAGUAAAAUGCAUUUAGUCGUGGCAGAUAGAAGUUGCAGUAGAGAAAAUAAUGUUGAAAAACAUUAAUGGGUUUCUCUACUAAGGAGCAGAGGAUGGCAGUCAUUCAGGGAGUUAUUACAUUGAGUGGCCUGAGAUCAAGCACUUAGAGGUUUUUCCUAGAAUCCUGAACUGUUUAUAGGUGGAGUCUAUGAAAAAGUCCUCUUGACAUAUUGCCAUUUCUAUGUGUCUAGUUUUGGAAAGUGACCACAGCAUGAAAGUGACUUGCUGCUUUUUAGUGUGUGGCUGCAUAAUAUACAAGUCACAAUUUGCUGUUUUUUCAGGAGGGAAAGAUCCUCCUUUACUAUUCUAUAUCCUGAAAUCUACUUCUGAUCAGCUUUAUCCUGUUGCCUGUACAGCUCAGUGAAUGUAUUUACAUCUCUAAGAGUUCAGAUAUAUGCCAGUGAAUAUUUUUGCUGUAGAGAAGAAAGUAAAAACUACACAGCGGGAUCUUUUUCUUUGCUUUUGAAAUCACAUUAAAUCACUAUCGUUUUGCAGACUUUGCACAACUGUACAGGAGAGUGGCCUUUCUACAGCACAUUUUCAGUAAUCCUAUCUUUAGUCAAAUGGAUGAGAAACAUGCAUUAAUGUUUGUAUGGAAUUGUGGGUCCAGUGUAAUAUUUUUAUCAUUUAGAAUACCCUAUUUGUAAAAGCAUUUAUUUACUGCAUGGUUAUUGACAAACAUUAAAUUUGUGGGAUUUUGUAUAUGUAAAAGAAAGAGAGAGAAAGAACAAACAAAACCCCUCUUGUCAUAAAAUGAAGUGUGCUUGUUACAGUUGUUUAGGCAUAUUGAUGUUCACUAGACCAAUGUGGUGUAUCUUCACUUAAAACUAUUUGUACAUGAUGGAUGCGUCACGUAUACAGUGGACAAACAGCCUGCAAACAACAGGCAGUUGGUGGGAAGGCUAGCUCUGUUACUAGUAAGCAGCUUCUACUUUGUAAAGUCAGCUGUUGUUUUACUGGUAAAAAAAAACAAUUAAACUAAUGAAUUUAUAAGACUGGUGAGUUAUAAGACUAGCCUAGUAUGAAAGAGACCUUUUAACAGUAUAUAUCUGUACAUUUUAUUGCAUUAGUUUCAAAUCUAGGAGAGAGGCAGCACUGUAAACUGAAGUCAAAUAAAUCCAGCUCUUAAUGAAUCCUUGUAAAGCACCGACUUUAUUCAUGCAAAGGGCUUACCACAUUUCUCUGUGACCUAAUCAUCCAGCCACCCUCACUACCACCACCCCAGUCACAAGUUCUCACUUUGCCACCUCACUGAUAGCACAAGCCAGAAGUAACACCUGUUCAGAGCUUACCAAGGUCUCCUCUGAAACCUUGAAACCUCGAAACCUCAAGCUAUCUUCCCACUGACCUGACCUAACCUUAAAAACUUCACCUACCCAUUCCUUUUCUGGGAGCCUUUGGAGAACUAAGAGUGAAACCACCAAAACCAAGCGAAUUUUCUUCUUACAAAUGUAGUAUAUUGUGGUUAAGUGAAAUAUAUAUAAACUAAUAAGCUGCCAGUGUAAAAGCAGAUGAGGACAGGACAGAAAAAUUAAUAACCAAGAGUUGUUCCUCAAAGAAAUGCUUUUUCUGGUUUUUAUUUUCCCUCAGUUCCAUGUCAAUACGAAACUGUCAAAGCAGAACUAUAACCAUGGCUCUGCACCAUAAUUUUUUUUUCAUUUUUUCAUUUUUUUUUUUUACCAUUUUUUUCGGUACAACUAUUCCAUACUGUUUAAUGAAGGUGUGUGUAUGUGCACACACACACACCCCUUCACAGUUUCAUCAAAUACUGUCUACUGGGCCUAUUAUUACAGCUAUUGUAGCCAACAGUUUUCUGUGGUUUGUGUGUAACUAGUUGUACAUUGUUUGGAUGGGAGACAUGAAAAUAUUCACAGGUACUUGAAAAACACUUUAGAGAGAGAAAUAAGGUCCUAUUUUAUUUUCAAAUUCCACCUCUAGGCCAGAAUGAGUCUGUCUUUCUGAAACCUCUUCAGUUAACUCAAACUGGCUCAUAUCUUUGCAUUUGACCAUUCCUGACUGACAUUUGCAGUUGAAGGGGAAUAGUUAUUCUUUGGCGAAGGCCUUGUUCACCUCCUUACCAUUUAGAACUACUCUAUCAAAGUCCUCUUAAGGGAACAAAGCAGUGCUCUUCAGGCAAGGUCAAGAACAACUUUCCCUUGGAUCCUCUGAAGGCUGGACUCACCGUUCAAUCCAACACUAAAUCUGGCACCUCUCCAGUCUCUCCCUCCCUUGUUUCCUCCCUACCCUCGGGUAGCUGCAGCACUGCACACUGAAGGCCACUCCAUGCCCAGGGCAGCACACAGCCUAUAUCUUCCCAACGGUCCAGGUCGAGGUCAUAGCCCACUACGUUCCGGGUUGGCACCUGGCGUGAGUCCCGCCACUUGAGACCACCCAGCAGCAGCACUGUCUCUUCCACCACAGCAAGUCCAUAGCAAAAGCGGUCAUAGGGUAGCGACCGCAACCGAGUCCACUGGUCUGUGCAGGGGUCAUAGCGUUCAAUCUCAGAGAAGGGCUCAUAUCUCCCCAAAAAGGCAAACACUGCACCUCGCAGCACCACAAGGUAGUGCCCAUAGCGAGCUGUGCCCAUGGGUGCCCUCUUGCUCCACACUCUCUCUCCAGGUCUAAGGGAGUACAUAUCCCGGAGGCUACUUGUGCCUCCUUCACCUCUCCCAGCCUUGCCCCCGGAGAUGUACACAACACCAUGGUCCCCGACAGCACCUGCGUGACCAUGUACUGCCCGAGGUAGCUGUCCAGCUGCCAUCCAGCGGUCCCUGCGAAGGUCAUACAUCUCCACUGAGGCCAGUGCCUCGCCACAGAUGCCCAGGCCUCCGACAGCCAGGAGACUCUCACCUACCACACCACACCAGA